UUCUUCAGGGAUCCGGAGCUGGACUACGUCAUGCAGGAGUGGCAGGACGGCUGCGUGUACCAGGGGGAGUUGGGGCCGGACAUGAAGAUGGGCUGUGGGCAGUUCUCCUGGCCGACAGGCGAGAUGUACCGCGGGCAGUUCUAUCGGGACCACCGCCACGGCGUGGGCACCUACAUGUGGCCGGAUGGCUCCAGCUUCACAGGCAUGUUUUACCUCAGCUCCCGCGAAGGCUACGGCACCAUGUACCUUAAGCCGAGUGUCUUCAAGGGGCUGUACAAGGCAGACCGGCGGUUCGGGCCUGGCAUCGAGACGUAUGCCAACGGCAGCCAGGACGUGGGGCUGUGGCUGGGGGACCACCUCAUCCAGCUGUGCACGCCGGUGCCCACGAGCUUCUCCGUGCAGGAGCACUCCGAGUUCUCCAGCUUCCUGAGCUGCGUCCCGGCGCGAGCCAGGCUCUCCGACGAGCCCGGGGAGGAGCGGGCGCCGGGCCCCGAGCCGGACCCCUUCUCCUACCCCUACAAGCAGCUCCUGCGGGAUGACGGCCAGGCCCUGCCCCCGGACGUGAGCGUCUACUCCACCGACAGCGACCACCUGCCCCUGCCCGCCUCGCUGCGGCGGGACCUAGACGCCCGCAUCUUCCUCAGCGAGACGCCCCCGCCCGAGGACGAGGAGCCCUGGACUGUCAAGAACGAGACCCCCGUGUUGCUCCAGAUGCAGAGGCAUGCCUACAGGUUCAGGCACAAGCCGGCGCACGGCAAGUGGGGGAUGGACGCCAUCCUGGCGGGGGACCGCACGGGCUUCGGGCAGCCGGGGCCCCGGGAGCAGCUGGCGGCGGAGAUGAUCCUGAAGGCCGAGGAGGGCGACCUCGACUGGAUGCGCCGCGCCCUGCGGAGCAAGCACGCCAGCCCCGAUGUGGCCGACUCCCAGGGCUACUGCGCGCUGGCCGCUGCUGCUGUCCACUGCCACACGGACGUCAUCCAGCUCCUCCUGGACUGUGGGGCCGAUGUGAACAAGUGCUCGGAUGAGGGCCUCACGCCACUCGCCAUGUGCGUCCUGCUCUACUACCCGGCCUGGGCCUUUAAGGGCAACGUGGCCGAGCGCACGGCGUCCCUGUUCAGCCCUGGGCACGGCAUCGUCCGGGACACACCGAGGCUCACCGUGUACUCUGCCCACUCCCUCUCCAACGUGCACGUGGAGCUGCAGCCCACCCACAGAGAGGACUCCGUGUCCACCGUGGGCCCCCAGGAGGUGAGGCUGGCGCUGCCCUCAACGCCCUUCGAAGGCUCCUUCGAGGCCACGUCCUCCGCCCUGGAGAUGUCCUGGGAGUCCAGCGAGCUGUGGAGCAGCGUCCAGGACUGGAGCUCCUCCCACGGGGACAGCCUCAGCGACCUGGAGUGGGACCUGGAUGCCCGGCCGGGCCACCAGGGCAAGCUGAGCUCGCAGAGCCUCUUCGAGUCCACGCUGUGCGUGCGGAACUUUUCGGUCAGGCUGUCGCGGGACCUCCUGGAGCGGGGCGCGCUGGCCUCCUGCGGCCUGCAGAAGCUGCCCUCCCUCCGGCACAGCGACUCCGGCAGGGGCAGCCUGUGGAGGAUGGCGCUGUCCGUGGUGGAGCAAACGAGCCGGUGGUCGACCAUCUGCAUGCUGCUGCGCCGUGGCGCCGACCCCAACCUGAGCCGCGUGCCCAUGCCGGUGCUCUUCCUCGCCGUGAAGGCGGGAGACGUGGACGGGGUGCGGCUGCUGCUGGAGAGCGGGGCUCGCACCGACAUCCGCUACCCGCCUGAGCUCAGGUCCCUGACCCCCCUGCACAUCGCGGCUGCCCUGCCCGGGGAGGAGGGCACCAAGAUCACCGAGCUGCUGCUCCACGCCAUCACUGACGUGGACGCCCGCGCCUCGGACGAGGACGAGCCGUGCAAACCCCACAAGCAGGACCUCCAGCCAUCUACCAUGAAGCUGAACGGAGAGCUGGGCCCGCCCAGCAUCUACUAUACCGUGCCGGCCUCCGGGGAGGGGAGCCAGGGUGGCCGGACGCCUCUGCACGUGGCCUGUGAGCGCAUGGACAACCAGAAGCAUGCCCAGGAUGUGGUCCAGCUUCUCCUGUCCCACAAGGCGAACCCCAACAUGCUGUGGAGUGGGCACUCCCCACUCUCCCUGGCCAUUAUCAGCGGGAAUGACCUGAUUGUGAAGGAGCUGCUGACCCACGGUGCUGACCCCAACCUGCUGCUGACCAAAGGCCUGGGCAGCGCACUCUGCGUGGCCUGUGACAUCAGCUACGAGAACCACAGGAGCCUGGAGAGCUCCAUCGCCCUGAUCGACCAGCUCAUCAGUUUCGGGGCCGACAUCCUGAACCCCGUGACGCUCACGCAGGGGGACAAGGUGGCCGUGGGCACUGCCGUGGACUACGGGUACUUCCAGUUCUUCCAGGACCGCAGGAUCGCGCACAGCGCCUUCCACACGCUCCUGCCGCACGAGCGCGACGUGCUGCUGGCCCGGAAGAGGCUGCUGGAGCACAUGGGCUUCCUGCUGCGCAGAGCCGUCCUGGCCCGCGAGGCCCAGUGGGAGCCCCGCGCCCUGCACCUGAGCAAGCGAGCGGAGCUGGUCCACUGCAACAGGAUAAAGCGGAGAGCCCUGGGCAAGAGGAUGUCCACCCGGGAGGACCCCGUGCAGAUACCCUUCUUCAAGUUCUGCUACCAGUGUGGACGCUCCGUGGGGGUGCGGCUGCUGCCCUGCGUUCGCUGCUACGGGGUGCUGACGUGCAGCAAGUCCUGCAAAGGCCGCCUGUGGGUGGACGUCCACAAGAAGGAGUGCAACCAGUUACAGGCGCUGGGUACUGGGACACAUUACCACAGAACCACAGUCCCUGGGGUGCACGGGACAGUGGCUGUGCACAAGGAACACGAGACCCCCAACCAGCUGCACUACACAAACUACAGCCACGAAUGA